GGAAGACAAGGUGACUCACUUGUGCUGGAUUUCACCUGGAAGACUGGCACGAUGUUCAGUGGGGGGCUGUGUGUGUGCAAUGCCAUCUCUUGCAGAGUGCCCUGUUCUUCUAUUCUAAUCUUUUCUAAAGUAGUUCUGAAAAAGUAAUGUUUGGGAGUCUAAAAUGUAUUUUUCCUAUUGACACUAAAGCUGAAGGUGAUCAAAAGUGACUGCUCUCAGUCAUAAUCCCAAGAAGAGAAGUUUUCUCGAAAAAGAGAAUCCCAUGAUGGCAGAACAUGGUGACCCUUGCACUGGGUCAGAAGCCAGCUACUGUAUGAAUGGAGGAACGUGCUUUAAAAUUCCCUCCGUGUCUACACCCACCUGUGUAUGCGGUGUGAACUUCAAUGGCAGCAGAUGUGAGCAGUUUCAGCUGCUCAGUUUCUCGCACAGCACUGAGGAGAAGGGUAUGAUCGCCGGUGUGGUCAUCAUCCUCCUCCUUAUUAUAGCGGUGCUUGGUGUGGUAAUCUAUUACAGCUGCAAAAUGAAGAGAGCUGCCCGAAGUCAACCAAAACCUGCAGAAGAGUACUGGAGAGUCAGUUCAAAUGUAUGAUAUUUAAUGAGGCUGUGUGGAUUUGACUUUUGAGACUCACUGGAAUAUGCUGCAUGUGGACUCGACAUUAGUUGUUAAAAGAGACUUGAUGUUAAGUACAACGCUGCUAUGAUUGAGAAACACAUACAAGUGGACGUUAACUUGUGAAGGUUUUGGACUGUGAAAAUGUAUAUUAAAACACAAUUCUUUGGUUUAGAUGAUCCGAUUGCCAGCUACCAACAAACAAUCUUUCUUAAUGUUUAGAAACUCUGUAAAUAGUUAUAUUAAUUAAAACAUAUUAAUUUGCUUAUGUAACAAAAGGAUGCAGAUUCCACAGAAAUGAACAUUAGACCAGACGUCAACUAUUUAACAACAACAGCAAAAACAUUUCAAAAGCAGCAUCCUCACAUAGAUAAUAAUUUUCAUUAAGUCUAUUUUUAAGGGGGGGGGGAAAUUAUUUUGUCAAGAUAUUGUCUUUUCUUGAUAUUCAGAAGCAAACAAGCAUGUGGAUAAAGGCGCACUGAGUAACUUUUGUCUUUGUGUAAUCUUGGACAUACACUGACACCUAGUGGCUUGGAAGCAGCAUCAUUUAAAAUCAAUAGUUUUCAGUUUCAGAUGCCAUUGUAGAAAUUAAGUAUUCACAGUCAGCCAUGAUUAAUUGAAUUAAUGAGUGAAAGUGUCAAAUAACAGGACGGUUACUGAGAUUAAGCGAGUAGUAUUCGGCUGGUCAUGUGAUUCUAAAAUGGCAGCCCCCAUGUGGAGACCCUCUCCAUGUGGAAUAAAACUUUUAUAAGGUUACUGAUAUGACUGGAGUCUUCAUUUUAAUGAGAGUAGUCAUUAUUUCCUACAUAUAUUGCAAAAUUACAAUUCAUGUCUUAAGGAGUUAAACUUUUUUUAAUGAGGAAAAAAUUACUGAGUGCACCUUUAAAUAAAUUAAUUAAUAAAUGUGUCAACACCUGCCAUCCUGUCUAUACAUUUUUGUGUUGGCUAAAACUUUGAUUGGCCUAUAUGGGAUGCAAUAUUCUGUUUUAUUCAUUUGUAUUUUUCCUAUGUAUCACACUGGAAUCAUUUUAGACUUCACAGCUGUAUGGACAUCCAGCAAGUAACAUGUAAAAACUGUAGCCUAAGAAGGCAUAAUAAUCAAUGGGCCGAAAAAAGUUAAAAACAAUAAGUCAAAAAGGCUCAAUCUUUAAUCCACACCACUGGACUCCUUAGGUUCUGCAACUAGAAAUAAAAUGGAAACGUAUUCACUUAUAUUAAUUCCCAAUAUCUAAAACUGGCAACACACAGCAUGUUAACUAACAAAUGUUAACGUCAUAGACAGGUUAAAUUAGUCACACACGGUUAAUUAAACAGAUACUCGUUCUACUAAUGUAACCACAAAUCUGACACAAUAUAGUGACGCUAACUUAAAUGGAAUACAAUAAACACUGGAUGAUUAAAAUACUUGAAAUGUGGGCCUGGGUAGCUCCGCGAGUAAAGACACUGACUACCACCCUGGAGUCGCGAGUUCAAAUCCAGGGCAUGCUGAGUGAAUCCAGCCAGGUCUCCUAAGCAACCAAAUUGGCCCGGUUGCUAGGGAGGGUAGAGUCACAUGGGGUAACCUCCUCGUGGUUGCUAUAAUGUGGUUCUAGCGCUCAGUGGGGCACGUGGUGAGUUGUGCGUAGAUGCCGCAGAGAGUAGCGUGAAGCCUCUACACGCGUUAGGUCUUCGCGGUAAUGCGCUCAACAAGCCUCGUGAUAAAAUGCGUAGAUUGACGGUCUCAGAUGCGACUGAGGCAACUGAGAUUCAUCCUCUGCCACCCGGAUUGAGGCGAGUCACUACACCACCAUGAGGAUUUAAAGCACAUUGGGAAUUGGGCAUUCCAAAUUGGGGAGAAAAGGGGAGAAAAUAAAAAUUAAAUUAAAUAAAAAAUACAGUUCAAAGGCAGUUCGCUGUCAUGAGUGAUGUGUCAAAGAAAAGUUGAACUUUGAAGUAAAACACAGUAAAUUAAUACAUGUUAAUAUGUCAGGUAAAUUAAACUAUGUCUGUUGUAUAAACUGUGCUAUAUAAAUAAACUUCGACUUUAUUGAUUCUAUGUAAAAUAACCUGAAUAUAAUAAUGUGCAACAAUGUGCAUAUGACAAAAAAUAAUAAUUACGGAAUAGUUACCCAUUACUUCUUGUUGUAUUUACGCAUACCACUGAAAUAACUAUACAACUUAUUAA